GGCGCCGUCACGUGGCGCGAAGCUUCCUUUCUCUGUGCGCCUCUCUUUCCUUCCUUGGCCGCCAUCUUGUUCUCACCGCGUGUUGGGUUGCGGAGGAUCCGCCGGACUCGGACACAGCACUAUGAACCAAGAAAAACUGGCCAAGCUUCAAGCGCAGGUCCGAAUAGGAGGAAAGGGAACAGCUCGCAGAAAGAAGAAGGUGGUGCACAGAACAGCUACAGCUGAUGACAAAAAACUUCAGAGUUCCCUCAAAAAACUGGCAGUAAAUAACAUUGCUGGCAUUGAAGAGGUGAACAUGAUAAAAGAUGAUGGAACAGUUAUUCACUUCAACAACCCCAAGGUUCAAGCUUCCCUUUCUGCUAACACUUUUGCAAUUACUGGUCAUGCCGAGGCUAAACCGAUCACAGAAAUGCUUCCAGGCAUCUUAAGCCAGCUUGGUGCUGACAGCUUAACAAGUCUCAGGAAGUUAGCUGAACAAUUCCCAAGACAAGUGUUGGAUAGUAAAGCACCAAAAUCUGAAGAUAUUGAUGAAGAAGAUGAUGAUGUCCCAGAUCUCGUAGAAAACUUUGAUGAAGCAUCAAAGAAUGAAGCUAACUAAAACGUUAAUAGUUCUGGAAGCUGGCAUGGACUAGAUUUAAGAAAUCAGCUAUGUGGUUCCAAAGUUUUAAAGAAACAGAGAACAUCAUCUGUUAAUAGUUCAGUAAUAUAAAUAUUUUGUAUUUUUAUGAUGCUGUUUGUUCAGCAUUUUCUGUCAGUUGAUUUUGCAUUUUGCACUUACUCCCAAGAUCUACUCUUUUGGUCAAAAAGAAAUGUCAGUGCAGUUUGAGGGGUGUGUGCAUGUGCGUGUGUGUAUGUGUGUGGGUGUACAUAUAGUGGAGAACAAAUUGGAGAACACUUAUUUAACCUUUCCCCCUUUUCCUUUUGGAAGUAGAAAUAAAAUGAAUCUUCAGCAUUGUUCCUUUUGAUUAUCACCAAAUAGUGCACAGAAGGUAGUUAAGAUUAAAAUUUUGUCCACAUUUUGUGACCUGAAUGCAUUACACAAUUAAAACUUGGGUUUAAUUUGCUGUUAACUAUCGUACUUGCAGAUGUGUUUCUCAUCCCUGUUGAAAUGUGUACAUGAUAAUUGUUAUCAACCUUAUGUUGAUCCCAGAUGAUACCAAAGACAAGCUGUUUUACUGGCUUGUUUGGUACAGUAACUUUUUAAAAAAAGAAAACUUGGUCUCAGAAAAGUGUGCUUUUUUUUAACCUUUCUCAACUUUUCCUUUUUUCUUGUCUCUUGAACCUUUUGAGACAAGCUGAUCUUUGACUCCUUCCACGUAGGCUUAGCAGUAUGUUCUCCUGUUGAUUAUGUAGAGUAUUUCCCAUGUCAAAAGGAAAACGAACACCUUGGUUCUCUACCGUCAGGUCACUUCCUAAACUUGGAGGUUUAGUUGGUAACAGUCCAGUGCACCAGUUUUGCACAGUAAUAGAUUUUUGCUUGAAGAACUUCAAGCUGUUCUCUUGGCAUGACUGCAUUUACUAGCGGCUGAUGAUCCACUGUCAUUCUUAUGGCACUAGGAUUUAAAUGCACCCUAUGAGCAAUGUUUAAGGUGGGAGGAAAGAGUUGUUGACAUUUUGCCUGGCCUCCUGCUGGGCAGUUUGUGCAAUGACUAGCUCUAAAGGGAUUUUUUUUUUGCCUGUAACUUACCUUUGCCUAUAACCUACCUCUAGGUUUGGUGUCAUCUAUGUAGUAGCUUCUUAAAAACCACAAAUGCUCCUCAGGCAUAAGGAGGACAUUGGCAGGUACUGUUGGUACAGUGCAGUAUUUAUGACCUUUCUUUAAAAUGCUUAAUGUGAACUCGUUUUCUCAAGAGGCUCUUUCAAGGUUCUUGAUGUAAUGUGCAUUAUGGUAUAGCUAGACAUCAUUGUAACCUGUGUCAAGGGCAGCUGUGGCUUAAGAAAGCCGUUUUUUUCUCUACAUCUGUCACUUAACUAUGGCUUAAUUGGAACAUAUCAGCUUUUUAUGUAGGUUCAUAUGCUAGAGAACUGUAAAAGUACAACGUAAACAGUACAUGAGUUCUGGUGACAUCAUCAAAAAACCACGAAAGCAGAGCUGUAGUGGUUCAUCAUCUGAACUCCUCCAUUUAUUUUAUAGGCUUUGUUCAGUUUUUCCUGUUAUAUUUUAUAUACUACAUGGAUCUUACUACAAAAUAAAAUAACAGUA